CUACCAUUUGCUCUUUACAACGAACUUUUAACUAAGUUACCCUUCUCUUUCUCUAUUUCUGUUCAUCAACCCGAGAUCUCAGUGUGAUGUUCUCUUGACCCCCUUCGAGUUAGUCUGGUUGAUUGGAAAACCCCCGUGCUAGGGUCUCCACCACACCCACACCACCUCCAUAACCCUAGAAACCACCCUACCACCCGACAAAACAAAACCCUAACCAUCCCCCCUCCCCGCAACCCAAAAAAUGAACCCCACCAGCACGGACGGCAACUGCGGCGCCCUCAACAGCGCCACCAACGCGACCUGCCUGACCUCCCCCUUCGGCAACUGCUGCUCGGCCAAGGGCUACUGCGGCUCCACCGACAGCUACUGCGGUGCCGGCUGCCAACCGGGGUGGGGCAAAUGCGACACCGCCGGUGCGGAGCAGACCAUCAGCACGACGGGCUCCUGCGGCGAGACGGCCACCAGCAACACCACAUGUCUGGGCAGUGAGUACGGCGACUGCUGUUCCCGGCUGGGGUACUGUGGGGGGAAUAGUAGUUACUGUGGGGUGGGGUGUCAAUCGCUAUACGGGAGUUGUACUUCUUCUGAUGAUGAUGAUGGGGGGGAAGAUUCGACGAGCAGCACGGCGACGGGUACGCGGACCGAGAUGAGUACCGGGGCAGGGGCCACGGGGACAACUACGGCAACAGGUACAGCGACGCAGGCAAUUUCGACGGAUGGAUCGUGCAGCAGGGAAAUCACCUGUGUUGGGAGUGAAUGGGGGGAUUGUUGCUCGGGCCAUGGCUGGUGCGGCGGGAAUGCUAGUUAUUGUGGCGUGGGCUGUCAGCCGGAGUUUGGGCGGUGUAGUACUGUCCCAACAGGGUUGGGGAAGGGGGCUAUUGCGGGGAUUAGUGUUGGGGCUGCGGUGGGGGGGUUGCUUGUUGUUCUGGGAUUCGUGGUGUGGUUCUUGAAGAGGAGGAGGAAAGGCAGGUAUACGGCUGUUGUGCCGCUUAAGGGGGAUGGCGCUGGGGAUAGGGAUGGGGCUUCUCUGGGUCAGGUGCAGGACACGAGGGGCCAGGGGAGGGGCCCCGUGGAGAUGGCGGCUGCUACUCCUGGGGGACAACAACAACAACAGUUUGCGGUCGAAAUUGGGCAGGCGAGGAAAGUGCCUGUGGAGAUUGGGCAGGCGGAUCUUACUUAUACCCAUGAGUUGGAGGGGAGGGGGAGAGGCGCGGUGGUGGAGCCGGUGGAGUUGCCGGCGGCGCAUCGGUGAUACUAACUAUACUGCUGGGUUCGCAUUGGUUUUGGAUACUUUUGGAAUGCUGGAUCAAGGCGGAUCAAGGCGGAUGGCUAGAAUGCUGCCAGAGGAUUUCUUGUCACGCCCUGAGUUGCACGAUACACAGCUUGUGGAGAGCACUGUGCAAGCCGUCUUGAAUGUAAUGAAUGCACAAGUUCUACGGGUCUUGACUCUAAGAUGUCCCCCAUUCAAGGUAUGAAUACUUCAAUGCUGUAAGCAGAUGCCCUACCGGGGUGAGUAUACAG